AUGGCUCUCAAGCGAGGUUACGAGAUGCUUCAGCAGGCAAACAUCAAUACCAAUCAUAUCCCGUUGGGGGAGACGGCGCCCCGCUCCCGCGCGCUCGCGACGCUGCCCGUCGAUUCGCCUCGACCGCCUCAUGCCGCCGCCGCGAGCUCGUCCCGGCAGCUGCGCCACCGUGUCCGCCAGGCCGCCGCGCCCGCCGUGUUCGCCGGCACCCCAUCCCGCGCGCUCGCGACGCCGCCCGCCGCGAGCACGGCCGCGCCGCCGUGUCCGCCAGGCCCCGCGCUCGCCGUGUUCGCCGGCGCCCCGAUGCCGCGCGCUCGCGACGCCGCCCACCCCGAGCCCGGCCGCGCCGCCGUGCUCGUCCUGUUCUCCGGCGCCCCAAUCCCGCGCGCUCGCGACGCCACCCGCCACGAGCUCGGCGUCGCCGUGUCCGUCAGGCUGCCGCGCUCGUCGUGUUCGCCUGCGCCCCAAUCCGGCGCGCUCGCGGCGCCGCCCGUCGCGAGCUCGUCAGCGCCGCCAUGUUCGCCAGGCCGUCACGCCGCCGUGUUCGCCGACGCCCCACUCCCGCGCGCUCGCGACGCCGCCCGCCAAUUCGUCUCGACCAUCUCAGGCCGCCACCGCUAG